GAUCAAAGGCUUAGGAUUGCAUCCAAAUAGCGUAACAGUUUUAAUACUAGAUAGCUUUUAUAAGUGAAUUGAUCGAAACUAAUUCAAUAUGACGACAGCUAGAAAAUGAACUUCCCUCUUAACUUUAUUUUAUACUUCUCAAUAAAAUCUGUGUAGUCUUUGUUCUUAUUUGAAUCUUUUAGAUAGCUGCAAACCAAAACUUAUGUGCGUCCUCUCAAUCAAUUUUUAAAUAUAACAACCCAUCUUAAAAUUUGCAUCUGAAACAAUGGACGGAGUAAAAAUAGGUUUGGGGAUUUGGGAUUAUGUGAUGUUCAGCUUAAUGUUAAUAAUAUCAGCUGCUAUUGGUGUCUACUUUCGGUUCAGAGGGAACAAGCAAAAGACCACAGAUGAGUAUCUUCUGGCUGGCAAAGACAUGCCUAUUCUCCCAGUGGCUUUCUCCAUCAUGGCUUCAUUCAUGUCUGCAACGGCAAUUAUUGGUACUCCCAUGGAAGUUUAUUACUUUGGUAUACAGAUGGCUUACACUUGCGUAUCAUAUAUCAUUGGAAUGACAAUAUCUGCUUACACUACUCUUCCGGUGUAUUUUGAAAUGGGUGCUUCAACAAUUUAUGAGUACGCAGAACGAAGAUUUGGAAAACACACACGAACAUUAACAUCAUCAUCAUUUAUUUUACAAAUGAUCCUGUUUAUGUCUGUUGUUCUAUAUGCUCCGGCAUUGGCAUUGAGUGCUGUGACUAAUAUGUCUAUGUGGGUGUCUAUUGUUUCAGUUGGAGUUGUCUGUACAUUUUACUGCACCAUAGGUGGAAUGAAGGCUGUCUUGUGGACAGAUGUGUUCCAAAGUUUUCUCAUGUUCUUUGGAGUGAUUGCAAUUUUAAUUAAAGGAUGCAUUGAUGUCGGAAUUGGAAAUGCGAUUCAAAUAGCUAAAGAUGGAGGGAGAAUAGCACUUCCAUCGUUUGAUCUAAGUUUUUAUAAACGAUAUACUGCAUGGAAUAUUCUAAUCCAAGGUGUUAUCGUGGCUGUCUCAUUGUUCAGUGCAAAUCAAAUACAAGUUCAAAGACUGCUGACACUAAAGAACAUUAAGCGUUCAAGAUGGGCUUUAUUUUCGAGCUAUCCCAUAUCUAUUGCUCUAUACUUAAUGAUUUGCUUCGUGGGUGUAGUACUGUAUGCUUAUUUUUCUAAGUGUGAUCCAUUGUCACCACCAAACAAUCCAAUUUACAAAGGAGACCAAUUAUUGCCUUAUUUUAUGAUGAUUAGUCUUGAAAACUAUCCUGGAUUGGCUGGUAUAUGCAUUUGUGGAAUAUUUAGUGCUUCGUUAAGCACUGUAUCUUCGUGUGUGAAUUCCCUUACGGUAGUAACAAUGCAGGAUUUGAUUCGGCCAUUUGUGUUAUCGAAAAAUUUAUCAGAAAUAAAACUAUCAAUAAUAGCUCAAUUAAUAACAUUUUUCUAUGGUCUUCUUUGCAUCGCUUUAACGUUUGUGUUUGCCUCAGUUGGAAGUUUGGUACAACUUAGUGUCACUGUAUUUGGAUGUCUUGGAGGACCUGUUCUGGCUGUGUUUCUCUUGGGCAUGUUUACUACUAGAAGUAAUGAAAAAGGUGUUAUAAUUGGUUUCUUGAUUGGAAUGGGAAUUUCAUCAUGGAUAGGAUUUGGUAUUGUUGCUUACUCCACUAAGCACGAUGCACUUCCAGUUUCAAUAGAAGGCUGUCCAAAAGUUAACUCUUCCAUAAUGAUUAAUUUUUUGAAUGCAACAGAAUACGCUGACAGUAGCAACAGCCAUGCGAAUUAUAUAGCUGGUUUUGAAAAUAAAACAGAUAUAAAAGUGGAAAAUGAUAAUACUGAGUAUAUAUUUCCGUUGUAUAGAAUAUCAUUCAUGUGGACUGUUGCAGUAGGUUUCUUUCUUACUUAUAUCAUUGGAUACUUUUCAAGCAUCAUUAUAAACAUCGUUAAUGGAGAAACUAAAGAAGUGUCUCCAGAGCUAAUCAGUCCUAUUAUGAAGUGUUUCUGUAAUAGAAAUUCUUCUAGUUCCAAGUCGAAGACAAAUAUGAAAAAAGACUUGAAUGAAAUGAAAGUGGUUAGAUGAUACAGAAAUCUAUUAUUGUUGACUUCUAUUGAUGACAGCUACAUUUUUGUACAGGAUGGCAAAAUUAAAAAAAAAAAUCCAGUUAUGAGCAAGGAUUUUUACAAAAAAUCUCCUUUUUCAAAAAAAGAAAUGUUGUUUGUCUAAACAAUUCAUUGCGUGAAUUUUAUAAAAGGAGAGUUUCCCAAUGACUGGAAAUGAAAAUUUCAAUGUAAUUGCAGUUGGUAAUAAAAAUGUAAGGAAUUGUAAUUGUGUUCAUACGUUUUUCUUUCUGAUUAUUUCGGUUGAUAAAUAUUUCAAGACAUAUUUUCAUGUUUCAGUAAACAGACAUAAUAAUUAAAAGCAACUAGUAAAG